CAAUCGCAUACGCUGACUGAGUUAAGGUGCGUCCGUGUACAUGAACAGAGACACUACCGCUGCAGCUGCUGCUAUCACUGGAAAGGAAUUUUGGCUGACUGGGGCGAAGCUGGGGAAGAUCACCACCAUAAUACCACGAUUCUUGCUCCAAAACCAAAUCAAAACAGCCCAAAAGAAGCCGUCUCACCGAGGAAAAACUGAGUGACUGUAGCUCAAAGUUGUCCGUCCAGCACCAUGGGAAAGAAGAGUCGAGUGAAGACUCAGAAGUCAGGCUCAGGAGCCAGCGCCGUGGUUUCUCCUAAAGAGAUGUUGAACCUCAUUUCUGAACUGCUUCAGAAAUGCAGCAGUGCAGCUCCCUCUGCUGGUAAGGAGUGGGAGGAGUACAUCCAGAUCAGAGGCUUGGUUGAGAAGAUUCGAAAGAAACAGAAGGGUUUGUCAGUGGUGUUCGAGAGCAGCAGAGAGGACUACUUUCCAGACCUGAUGUCCUGGGCUACAGAAAAUGGUGCCUCAUGUGACGGCUUCACUGUGACCAACUUUGGCACUGAAGGCUACGGACUGCGGGCCACCCGUGACAUCAAGGCAGAGGAACUCUUCCUUUGGAUUCCCAGGAAGAUGCUGAUGACAGUGGAGUCAGCCCAGAACUCUGUACUUGGUCCCCUAUACAGCCAGGACAGAAUCCUCCAGGCCAUGGGCAACGUAACACUGGCUCUCCACCUGCUUUGUGAGCGAGCCAACGUGACGUCACCAUGGCUGCCGUACAUCCGCAGUCUUCCUCAGGAAUAUGACACGCCACUGUAUUACCAGCAGGAGGAGGUGGAGCUGCUGCUGGCCACACAGGCAGUGCAGGAUGUUCUGAGCCAGUAUAAAAACACGGCACGCCAAUACGCUUACUUCUACAAACUGGUACAGACUCAUCCUGCAGCCAGCAAUCUGCCCCUGAAGGACACCUUCACCUUUGAUGACUACAGGUGGGCAGUGUCUUCAGUGAUGACCCGUCAGAACCAGAUUCCCACUGAGGAUGGCAGUCGGGUCACUCUAGCCCUCAUCCCCCUCUGGGACAUGUGUAACCACACCAACGGAUUGAUCACCACUGGCUACAACCUGGAGGACGACCGCUGUGAAUGUGUGGCACUGCAAGACUACAAGGAGAAUGAACAGAUCUACAUCUUCUACGGCACGAGAUCCAAUGCAGAAUUUGUCAUCCACAACGGCUUUUUCUUCGAGGAUAACGCUCAUGACCGGGUGAAGAUCAAGCUGGGCGUCAGCAAAAGUGAGCGCCUGUACGCCAUGAAGGCCGAAGUGUUGGCCCGAGCCGGGAUCCCAGCGUCGUGUGUCUUUGCUCUGCACUGUAAUGAACCUCCAAUUUCAGCCCAGCUCCUGGCCUUCCUCAGAGUCUUCUGCAUGACUGAGGAGGAACUGAAGGAUUACCUGCUUGGAGAGCGGGCCAUGAACAAGAUCUUCACCCUGGGCAACAGUGAGUUUCCUGUCAGCUGGGAGAACGAGAUCAAGUUGUGGACUUUCUUGGAGAUGAGAGCUGCCCUGCUGCUCAAGACCUACAAGACUACAUCAGAGGAGGACCGCACCAUGUUGGAGAAACCCGAUCUAUCCUUGCAUUCUCGCGUGGCCAUCCAGCUCCGCCUGGCUGAGAAGCACAUCCUGGAGAAGGUGUCGUCUAGUGGACAGGCCAAACGUCAGCACUUCCAGCAGAAACUGGAGGAGGGCGCCCUGCUGCCUCACUAUGAGGAGAGCGACAUCGCUCUGCUGGAGAAUACGGAGGCAGACACAAAGCUUCCUAUUAUUCUGCGUAAGCUGGAAGAGGUGGAAGAAGGCCAGGAGAUCCAAGCGGAGGAGCACAAUCACCUCCUUAACGGAGAGAAGUUGGUGUACAGGAUGGAGGCUGAUGUAGAGCCAGUGCAGGAGGUUCAGUCAGCUUUGGACUCGACUGGAAGUUCAGAGAAGAAUGGCCAAAGAGAAGUGGCCAAGCGAACUGAAGAGAAUCUCAAAGAGAAGAGUGAUUAAAUAUAUUCAACUCCACAGCCACAGCCCAUGCUAUUUAUUUAUUUUUGUGUCUCUUAAAUGACUCGGAUACGUAGAUGCUGAAACAAAACAAAACAAAGACGAUAGAAAGUGGGCAGAACUGUGGUCAUCCAGCGUGGCUUUUUCUCCGUUGUCCGCUGCUGAACUUCACAAACUUGAACCAAUCAAAGUUUGUGUUGACAUUUUGAAAUGAAAGUUAAAACCUCCCUGAUCUUGACCGUUUAUUUUGUUUGUUUAAUUACUGCAGUUAGUCUUCACAUGUGUGCAGUAUGUUUUGAAUCGACAAUCAUAUUGUAUAGAGCUUUUUUGUUGUUGCAGACCAUCACUGGCCUGUUUCCUUCCUGCUUAAUAUCAUUUCAAGCUGAAGAACAGAUGGAAAAGAGAAAUGUUCUUAUUUUCCCAAGACUAACAAACACUGGCCAAAAGGUAACACUUUACCAUAAGAUGACCUUAUAAUGGAUGAAUCAAUGAUUUCUAAUUAAGUUUAUCAUUAAUAAGAUUUUAUAUAAAACAGGAAAUGACUAAUUGUCUGCUUCAUCGGAUAUUUAUUAUUUUUAGCAUAGUGUUAACCAAAUAAAUAACCUAAAAAUAAAGAUUAAAAAAAUCAUUAUAAUGGUAGUCUGACUGUAAAGUGAUACUGGCUUGAGUGAAAGAUUAUUUUUGCAUUUCAUGACGUAGUUUAAGGACUUUGUUUAUUUUAAUGUUUUAAAAGAAUCUUGAUGAAUGUAUGUUCAUGUCAGUGAGUAUUUGAGGAUGUCACAUAAAGGGACUGAUGUGUGACACAGUUAUUGGUGUUUGUUACUCAAAGCCAUAUAUAUAUGUAUAUAUACAUAUAUAUA